AUGCCGGCACCUCCCUCGACCCUCUCCUGUAGUUACUCACAGCACUGCAUUCCCUACCAGUCUUUCAGCAAGCAUAUCAGCGUCACCUCAAAAAAAGCGGGCCUGCUUUACUCUGACUUGCAAUGUUUUUAUAAACAAAAUUCAACUGCCUCCAGUCCGAAGGACGCGCUGUUAUAUUGGUACGCGUUUUAACGCUCUACUUUAUUUUGCUGAAAUAAUGUAGGCGGAGGAAAUUAGUACUUACAGUUUCAUAACUUCUCAUACCUAGUAGCAAUGACUUGCGAAUCGAGACUCGCUGCUCGCGUCUCGCUCGCAACUGGCCUCUGAUUGGUUGA